AUCCAGAGCUAGCCUUGUGAAAGUGCGUUAGCUGCUGAAGACCUGCUGCGAGCUCUGGCCUCGAUCUCGGCCCGCCACAUGAUUCGCCUGGCUUGGGCAUGGCCAGCACUGCCCAUUCUCUUGGCCGCAGAUGAAGAGCUUCCACAGCUGCCUUGGAGCCCGGAACCACCAAGGUACAGGGUUCCGGUGAAGAGCCUCCUGACCAAACAGACCUUGUCCCUUUACCCAUCGGACUCACCCGUUGAUGUGGAUGUAGGGGAUACCUUCCUUCAGAGACUCAAUGCCAAGGAGAAAGGGCGAUCCAAAUGGACCAUUUUGGAGAUCUACGACUACACCUGUCCACAUUGUUGGUAUGCGGUGCCUGUCUAUACCCAUGUGGCGGAAGCGUAUUCAGGGACGCCCGUGCAGUUUACUUCCAUCAACUGCCACAUGAGAUAUAGCAUGGAGAUUUGCUUUCUCCUCAACUCCAUCGCACACAUCAAGGAUUUCCCUUCCUUCGUAGCUUGCCCUCCUGGUGUAGAGGUGGAUGCCGGUGCAGAGCUCCAGCAAUUGACCCAGGCGGCUCAACGCUUGGCCAGCAGACUGCCAGCUCAGAAUCCGACCCGCAAGACCUUGUUGAAGCUAGCGCGUUGUCGGCACAAGUUCAUAGAGGAUUCGGUCGCUGGCAAGGAGGAUCCCUUUCUCUCAGCAAAACAGCUGGCCAAUUGGGUGAAGCGUGUCACUGGCCACGAGGCAACCAAUUGGAAAGAUGUGCGCAUUGGCGCAGACUUCCACAGGAAGCGGCCUGUGUCAGCUAUAGCACCCCCGGGGCAGCCAGGAUGGCUGAGAGACAACAAGGAUGGGCGACCCGGUGUGAGCCGCUACAUUCCAGGCGAGCGUUGGUAUGACGCACUCAUGGGCUUUGUUGCCCUUAUCUACCAAGGCUAUCAACCUUCAAAGCACCAAGCCACUGUGGAAGUGACGAGAUAUUUGUCAAUGGCCUUUCCAAUCAAGGGCAAGGCAAUUGCUGAACUGGCUGACCAACUGGAGCGACAUGGACGGCAAGUGCUGCCGGAUGGCGCUCAAAAGAUAAUCGCAUCCUGGUCAAUCGAUGUCGGCUUGGGAGACCCCGACGAUGAUGCUGGAGAUGAGUCCUAUGAGGAGCAUCAGCAUGGCUUGAUCCACCGUACAGUUGGAGAUCCAGAUGGAAAGACACUGCAAUCCCUGACCUGCCCAACCAGCAGUACCUGCAACUUGUGGAACCUCUUGCAUGUGACUCUGAGUGCCGUUGCUGCUCGGGGAUUCUCAAAGAGAUCUUUGAUGAGUGAUGGCAGUGUCCUCUCCAACGGAGUUCGGGGUGGAAUUGCCCUGCCCUUGCAAAGUCCCGAGAUCGGGAUCCGCGAGGCCCAAGCCUUUGUGCGGACCUUCGUUGACAAUUUCCUGACCUGCAAGGAGUGCCGACAGAGAUUUCUUUGGGACUAUGACCAGUGCAACUACGGUCGCUGCCGGUUCCAGGACUGGAGGGAUUUGCCACUCUGGUUGUGGCGUGUGCACAAUGCUGUCAACCUGCAUGUUGCAGGAAAGCAUGAGUCCUCACCAGAUAGACGAUGGCCAAUGUACCAGGAUUGCCCUAGCUGCUGGCGAGAAGACUUGGUCAUGGGCACCCCACGGGCCCUGUCCGUCUCUCCGGUGGAUGUUUACAAGGAGGAGCACCGUUCAGAAAGCCGAUGGUCAACUGAAGAAUUGGACAUGCCUUUCGACACCAAGGACCAAUAUGUGGGAAAAACGCCAAGCAUCAUGGUGGAGCUGGAGCACUGGUCGCAGGCAGUCUUUUGGCACUUGAUUAGCACCUUCUUGGGAGUGCGGCGGAUUGUCUUCGACGUCGCGGAUUUCUCUGGCGAAGAGAAGGAGGAGGUGAGACACAUGCUCCACCUACAGGGGAUCUCGCUGGAGCCCCGUGUGUCAGGGUCAAUCACUGGUGCACCGCAGGGUCCUCCAGAAGAACGACUGCAAACAUUGGAUGUAAGUGAGAGUGCCCACUCAGCGAGCCAAAUCUUCUUGGCCCUGCUGGCGAUGGCAACUGGAGUGGCCCUUGUGAUUUGCUACUUUGGGCAGGACUCGGAGGGUAACUUGGAGGAUGGCGAAAUGGAGAGGGACUUGGGGAGAGAAGCGCGCGCCCCGAUGUUCCGCCAGCGAUCUGGAGACAGAUCAGGGGGGGAGCACGAAAUGGAGGAGGCCAAGGAAAUAGCGAAGGAGCCCAGCCCAGUCCAAGAACCAGAAGCUGCAGAUGCAGCAGAAUAGUCCUGCAAUAGAUAAAAGAAGCUAAUAUAUUCAUACAUCAUCUUACGAUAUCAUACGUCAAUGUCAAGAGUAAUUAUAUAUAUAGUUUAUUUAGAGUUCUUUAUAUUUAUGUUUAUUAGUGAUAGGUUUAAAAGAACAUAUUAACUGAAGGUGUAACAUAUAUGUAUGAUUAUAGAUGUUUCCCUGCCAAAAACAAAAUGUUUCGAGCAUAGAUCCCAAAGAGGGAAAGACACCCCAAGAGAAAACCUGCCUUUUUUGGGGCACGUGUCGCAAAGGUGAUUCUAUCUAAAGGCUUUUGUGGCUGUUGUGCCGAACAAAUGCCACAAGAGACGUCUCAUCAUACCAACCUCAAAGGCAACGGACGGAACCUGGUAUGGACGAAUUUGUGGGUUUUCUUUUGUGUUCGGAAGGUCCUCGGAUGACUUCUUGGUCUUGCAGCGCAGUACUCCAUAUGAAAAUAUAUGCACCAUUUGUUUUGCAGGUUUUCUCCAAGGCUGA